AUUUUAUGAAAUCACACACAGCAUGAUAUAAGGAAGGUUGUUUGUUUGAAGUUUGAAGAAAAUAAAUAAAUUAGUAAAUUGUGAAUCUCAACUUAAUUCAAUACAAAAGUGUAAAACAUGGAAGCGGCUUCUUUAGACUUCGUUGCGCAAGCAUGUAUGGACUUAACUGAUGCUAUAAGCGGAGUUACAAGUGAAUUUGAACGGGAUUCUCACAUUUCAUACCAUAUCAAGAAAGUAUGGUCAACAGUUACUCCGAUAGAAGACUUUAAAAAGAACUUGGAGUGGGUGAACGUGUCGGAGCCGAUAUCCUUGGCGCAGCACUGCUCCGACAAGAUUGUGAUAUUGGACUUCUGGACCUAUUGCUGCAUUAACUGUUACCAUGUACUGCCUGACCUGGCGCAUAUUGAGAAACUGCACUCAGUUGAAAAAGGGGUAGUGGUGAUAGGGGUGCACUGUGCCAAAUUCACAAAUGAGAAGGACUCGUCCAAUGUGCUGUCAGCCGUACAGAGAUAUGGCAUCCAUCAUCCAGUGGUGAACGAUGCUGACAGCUGCAUGUGGGAUGCACUUGGAAUUAAAUGCUGGCCUACACUACUUAUAUUAGGUCCCGGCAAUAAGCCCCUAUUUGUGUUAACGGGUGAAGGGCACAGAGACGAACUGGUGUGGUAUGUGGGUAACGCGGUGCGUCACUUCGGCAGCCGCAUAUCCAACGCACCCAUAGCGGUAGCACCCGCUAAGCAUCUGAAGCCUAAAACUGAAGAUCUGCUCUAUUUUCCUAGCAAGCUGGCAUUGAACCCGUACUACCGCGGUCGUGCAGACGAGCCGUUCCUAGCUAUCUCGGAUACUGGCCAUCAUCGUAUAGUGCUCACUGACUGCGCAGGAGUUGUACUAAGAAUUGUCGGAGGGUUGGAACCUGGAUUUAAGGAUGGCAAACUGAACGAGGCUCAGUUCAACUCGCCACAAGGAGUAUGCUGGUUGUCGAGCAACGUGCUGGCAGUAUGCGACACUAACAACCACGCGGUCCGCGCUAUACAUCUCGACGAGGGCACUGUCGAGAUACUCGCCGGCACCGGGGAACAGUCGCCACAUGGUGAUCCAGGCGGCAAGUGCCUAGGCGUUCAACCACUAGCGUCACCGUGGGACGUGCUUCUCUACACGACGCCCGACAUGGACAUGUCAGUGCGUCCUCUCCUGCCGCCUCCACCGCCGCCGCCCGGCGCCCAACCCGCUGCCGAUAGCAAGGAGCUCGCUAAGGGAGAUCAUAAAGAAAAAGAUAAGGACAGCAAGCGUCGCGUGCUGCUGAUCGCGUGCGCCGGCUCGCAUCAGAUCUGGGCGCUGUUCCUCGACACCACCAUCUGGUGGAAAUACAAGACUUUCACUGAAGGUACAUGUGUGUGUAUCGCGGGUUCUGGCGCGGAGGCAGCUCGCAACAGCGCCUACCCGCACUCCGCUGCGUUCGCGCAGCCCUCCGGACUUACACUCAGAACCGGAUCAAGCCCAGAGAUUUUCAUCGCUGAUUCAGAGAGUUCGUCUAUCCGCCGACUCGCGUUGACAACAGGACAAGUUUCUACUCUAUGCGGCGGUGACCGCAACCCUUUAAAUUUAUUCGCAUACGGAGACGUGGAUGACACGGGCGUCGACGCCAAGCUACAACACCCGUUAGGCGUGGCUUACUGUGAAUCUUCCAAAACUCUCUACGUAGCCGACACAUACAACCACAAGAUCAAGAAAGUCGAAGUCGGCCCACAAAAAGUCACCACAUUAAACCCCACAAUGAACGAGACCACUGACCCAGCGAAAUUUAACGAACCAUCCGGACUAUCCAUUACUGGUGACGGAAAAUACCUCUAUAUAGCCGACACAAAUAAUCACUGCAUCAAAAUACUCAAUCUUACGAAGAACGUGUGCCAAGACUUCAAAGUAAGACUAAUGGAGCCCAAGUUUAUCGAACCAGAUAAUUUGAUCCUGUACAAAAACGACUUGUUUGUCAAUAGGAAAUGUGGCAAUCUUAUCAUUUACUUCAAUGUUAGUUUGGACUCGGAUACCAAGAAUGUUAAGUUCACUCCUGGAGCUCCGCAGAACUGGCUUGUGUGUGUGCGUGAUGAAAACAGUAAGGAUGUGACACAAGAAGAUUUUGAGUUCAUUAGUUCUUCCCACAAAGGCAGCAAGUUGCCUGGUCGGGUCGAAAUGAAACUCAAACAGCGAACAGAUAAGUUCCUUUAUCGCUUGUACCUGAGUUUCCACACGGCGCUCUGUGACGCCUCAGUAUGUUUCUCACACUCCUUCACUAUCAGAUCUACAAUUUUAGUUAGAGAUUCCGUAAAGAAGGUCGAGUCGUACAAGAUUACGUGUAAAGUGAACCCAGUUAACAGGCCUGACACUAAACAACAGCAGAAAGAUGAUCAGAAGUCAUAAGUUCUUAUUAUUUAGCAAAUGUAAGCACAACACAGCUUUAGCACUAAAACAAAUUAAUUUUAAGUUAACCUGAUUACUUUUAAGCGCAGUUGUUACUAAUAACAGAGAUUGUUAUUUUUAUUUGGUUUUUAUUACCUUUUAGUUAUGUUAAUUGACAUAAAGACAUUUUUUUUUAUAAAAAA